AUGAGCUCUGCUAUAGUCUCCUGGGAUUCCGCCGUCAGAUCCUCCCGAGUACCAUAUAUACUCGCCACCGACUUCUCGUCAUGUCAGCGCCGGAGCUUCUGGCGAUACGCUCGCUACGAUCACGAUAGGCUCAUGCAGGAGCAUGAGCGGGCUAUGAGGCGCUUCAGCAGACAUCACCAGCAUCAUCUCCACAAGCUGCGUCGGAAAGCACUUUCCGAUCAACACUGGCGCGGUUCUCCGUGGUGGAGCUGGGCUUCGACCUGCAGCCGAUCUACACCGUAUACCGUGGGAUCAAAGCAAAACAAGGACUUCUGGAAUGAAGAAGUGGAAAGGACACGCCGGCGGUUUGAGAAGAUGAAGCAGGCGAUCGAAGCAGAUCCCUAUACUGCGCUGUUUGGGGGGGGAUUUGAACGUCUCCGGCCCUUGGAAAGACCGCAGGGCUCCUGGUCGGCCUUCUGUCGGUCUUUUUUGGGUCUCGAUGACACCGGAAGUGUGAAGUCUGAAAAAGCAGCGAAGAUACCCAAAGAUGAGUCUCUGUCAUCCAGAAAGAGCAGCUCCGAUGUCACGUCUAUGAUAACCUCGGAGACGGCAAAGUCAGAUGCAAAUAGCUACGCGUUCGAUCCUGUCAGUGGACGCAUGGUCCGAAAGGUAGAUAUGGCACCGGAAAUAUUUGGUGAUGGUGGUAGUAAGAAAAUUCCCAUUGAAAGGCUCAAAUCAACGACCGGUACAAACACAGCCCGCUCUAUAUGCAACGAUGCUCCACCAACAGAAGACCACAAGGAUGUCAUAUCCGAGGGAGAGACAGCCCUCGGAGAGGCGGGUGUUAAGUUUGAAAGCCAUGCAGAAGGAAACCAGAAGGUGAUCGAGCUGGAUGAUACGAUGAACCAACCCAACGUCUCCCCUGCCAGACAGAAAAGUGACAUGCAUUUUCAACAAUUCAAAAUGGAUACCGAUAAACAGCAAGUUUUACAGGACGAUCUGUGCCAUCUAGCUGAAAAAGAUAACCUUGACUCACUGACAGCGAGUGAUAUUCGAGCACUCUAUAGCUCGCGCAAAAUCGAGCCGCAGUCUGAAGACAAAGGCCCCGAUACUGUCCUAGGAGAUGGACAUAAUCCCUCCCCUGAUCCAGAAAACGUAUUUCAUGUUAAUGAACCCGAAGUGCACCAAACCAGCUCAACGGCAGAUGAGACCGUGCCAUCCGAGUCUCCUAAUUUAGUCUCUCCGGUAACAGAGAUGGCUUUCGAUCCUCUGGAGGUGGUUGAUCUGCCCGCGAGACCUUCUCUCGAAGAGCCGUUGACGCCUACCAUCUAUCGCAUCCUGGCAUACGACUCUUCUACCUUGCGCGUGACUACAGCGGAGACAACGUCAUCUCUUUACACGCCAAGCGAGCAUCUGCAUCCCACGGAGGUGCUAUCGCGGCUGAACAACGCUGCUAAGUUCCUGCCCCAUUUUGCUGGAAUGCAGCGCGAUGGAUUUGAGAUUGUCUCCGGGGGUGGGGAUAUCCUUGUUUUCCAGAAGGUUAAAGAGGCAGUGGUCCAGGAGAAUGGUGGUGACAGGGUGUCCGAGGUCCCUGCCUUGGAAUCUUCACGGCGUCGUGUCGAUGAGAAAGCCGAAAAAUCGCCUCGUAUCAUUAGUAAGAGGCAAGAGACGUCCUUCACGGGCAGUCCAGCUUCCACAUGGGAGAAUAGCAAGGACCAUCACUACGAUACGACCAAGCCGCGAUCCACUAUUCGCAACGCCUUGCGCCGGAUGGUUCUGACGGGAACCGCAACGGCAGCCACCUGUUAUGCCAUUGGGGUGGUGAUCGAGUAUUUCCGCACCGGUGGGUCAGAUGGAUACGGGAUCGAUGGAUUCACGGAAUUCGAGUCUGAAAGGAGACACAGGGAAUAG